AUGAAGCGGAAGACGGAGCAUUGGUGGAGCCUGCCGGACGGCACGACGCAGGAGGAAUUCGAUCACGCCUUCGACCACUUCAAGGACGGCAGAUACUUCCAGACGCACAUGGAAAUCGAAUGGAUGGAUGUACAAAUUCAACGGGCAUGUGGCCGAUUGCUCUCACAGGACCAAUUCAGCGACCCCGUACAACAGCUGUGCGCAGCGAUCCAUGCAGCGAUGACGCACAACGAUGCCGAACGUGUGGCGAAGCUUGUCCAAGAGGACCCUGAGCUCACCCAGCUGAUGGAGCAGUAUAAGGCGUCUCAUGUCGACAUGCUUGUGGAGAGACAGAGGCUCACUGACAAGUUCGGCAUGAUCCACUCGGCCAAGAUCGCCAUCAAGUCCGAGGUGUACGUGUGCUCGGCCACCCGUUUGAAGCAGGCCGGCAAGGAGGUGACGGAUGAGGCGGUGGAGGAGGAGCUUGCCGCCUUCGAGCGCGGCGUGAACACCGUUCCGGGCAGUCAGCCGCAGGGAGGGUGCAUCAUGGCACAGGGCUACCGAGGGCCACCGAUGGACGUCUCGGGGAUGGGCACCUGCCCAGUGCGACACGAUGGCCAACAACAACAAUCACUACCACAGUCGCCACAAACAGCGGCGGCUCAUCCACCACCUGCGGGCGUGUGCCCUUUCACGGGACGAAGGGCGCCCACAAGCGGAGGUGAGCCGAGCCAGAAGCAGCAGCAGACCCGCGUCGAGGAGAGCAUGAGUGCGCUGCCCGCGCCGAGUGGAGCGCGUGGUACCACGAGCGUGUGCCCCUACACCGGACACAAGGCGCCGACAUGCGGCGACGAGGGUGUCCAGCCGCCCGAGGAAGACGACGGCGUCGGUGAAUGA